AUGGCCUCCACCCCCAGCUCUGGUUCCUAUGAUCUUGCGAUCGUGACACCCACGGAAGACCAUUCGUUGAGGUCUUUUUCUCUUUCCCAGGGGAACGUCCAGCAAACAUUCCUUGUAUCGACACAGGACGGUGCUUUCCUGGACCAGCAAAAGGCCUCCUUCCUUCAGAGCUAUUCGAAAGACCAGUCAAUUCUUGGCUUGGUCUUUGAAUUUUUGCAAUUCCUGCUGGAUGAAGCUUGCCCGCCAGCUCCCCUAGGAGCGUUCCUCGGCGCCAUCGAGUCACAGUGCGUGAGAGACGCGAAUAUCCACGACCUGAUUGUGUCCGAGCCAGAGGCCAAGAAUAUCAUACGCACCUACUACCGCGCACAUGCGGUUGCCGGUCUUAACCCCCGUCCAGCCCCCAGUGGACUCUUCAGCACCGUUAAUAUUGAAGCACACCGCAUUUUGAUGGCCUUCGGGGGCCAAGGGUCUACGAAUCUUGUCUGUGUCGACGAACUGGCUGAUCUAUACUCACUGUACCAACCCUUGCUGGAGCCGCUGAUCGCGUCAGUAGCGCCAGCCCUGGCAAGCCUUUCUCGAGAACCGUCCACGUUGCAGCACUACUUGGGCCGUGAGAUUGAUCUUUACUCCUGGUUGACUAUUCCCGAGUCGCGUCCGGACCGGGCGUUUACAGCUACCGCCGCAGUCAGCUUCCCAAUCAUUGGCUUACUGGAUAUGGCGCAUUACUAUGUGCUUGGUAAAUUACUCGACUCCGAUUCCCCGAAGCGACUAAGGUCAGCGCUCCAAGGCCUCACGGGCCACUCGCAAGGAAUUAUCGUGGCUGCAGCCGUCGCUCAAGCCGACACGUGGGCGUCCUUUUUGGCGCAGGCACAAUGGGCCAUCCGCCUAUUGUUUUGGAUGGGUUAUGAAUGCCACACAGCCGCUCCUGCUUCUCCCCUCUCAUCCGCCGCCAUCAGGGAUAGUAUUGAGCACGGCGAGGGAUCCCCCUCAUGGCUCCUUAGUGUCCGAGGCCUGCGGUCGCCCGCUCUUGAUGCGUUAAUCACGGACUGCAAUCGCCGUUUACCAGAAUCCGAACACCUGUCCAUCGGAUUGAUCAACACUGAGCGGAACAUUGUGGUAGCCGGUUCUCCACGUUCCCUCCGCGGCUUAUGUUUGCGGUUGCGAGAAAUUGAAGCCGAUGAUGGUCAAGACCAAAGUCGGGUUCCUUUCCGUCAGCGCAAGCCUGUUGUCCAUCAUACCUUCCUUCCUGUUAGCGCUCCUUUCCAUUCCAGCCACCUCCGUGCCGCUGCAGACCGCGUCAAGGAACGGUUUCCGGAUGCCUCAUCCCCCCAAGUGGGGGAUCUCCUCACUGCUGUUUAUCAUACACGGACCGGCCAGGACAUGCGCGAGAUGUUCAGCCCAUCGAAUAACCUGAUCCAUAGCCUGGUCGAGGCAGUAGCCUGUGAGACCGUCGAUUGGCCAGCAACCUUGCAAGUAUCACGUUCCAAGCCGCCUUCCCACAUUGUGCUUCUCAGCAGCAGCCGUCUCAGUGAUCUCGUAUCCGAAAUUGUCGAUGGCCGUGGAGUUCGUAUCAUCGCAGGAACAGUGCUAGCCCCAACGGACCCCGCCGUUCUCGGUGGGAAAGCGGAGUUACUAACCACGAAGCCCUCACAGGCGCCAACCCCUUGGGCGGAGCUCUUUAAAGCUCGACUCGUGGCCGGCCCAGACGGCAGGCCCAUACUUGAGACGCGACUCAGUCAGUUGCUGCAAGCGCCCCCUAUCAUCACAGCUGGUAUGACACCCACCACCGUACACUGGGACUUCGUGGCCGCGGUGAUGCAGGCUGGCUAUCACGUUGAGCUUGCCGGCGGUGGUUACUUUGACGCGGCUGGCAUGACAACAGCUAUUGAGAAACUAGCGGCCCACGUUCCCCCCGGCCGCGGCAUCACCUGCAAUCUCAUCUAUGCCAGCCCUCAUUCGAUUGCGUUUCAGAUCCCCCUAAUUCGCAGCAUGAUCCAACGCGGAAUCCCCAUAGAUGGCUUGACAAUUGGAGCGGGAGUUCCCUCGCAAGAUGUGGUCAACGAAUGGAUCCAAACACUGGGGAUCAAACACCUUUCCCUCAAACCAGGGUCCAUCGCUGCUAUAUAUGAGGUGAUUGAAAUCGCUAAAAAGCACCCGACCUUCCCCAUUAUUUUACAGUGGACCGGAGGCCGCGGUGGUGGCCAUCACUCCUGUGAGGACUUCCACGAACCACUACUGCAGACCUAUCGGGAUAUCCGCCGCUGUUCCAAUUUGUAUCUGGUUGUGGGCAGUGGGUUUGGCCAGGCGGACCAGAUGCACCCCUAUAUCACGGGUGAAUGGUCGCUGUCAUUCGGUCGUCCCGUAAUGCCCUGUGAUGGUAUCCUCAUUGGCAGUCGGAUGAUGGUCGCCCGGGAGGCGCACACAUCUCCGCAAGCAAAGGAAUUGAUCUUGGCAGCUGCCGGAGUGGCCGACUCGGAAUGGGAACAGAGCUUCAAGAAGCCUACCGGUGGAGUGUUGACCGUUCAGUCGGAGAUGGGUCAGCCGAUCCACAAGCUGGCAACUCGUGGAGUUCGGUUGUGGCAUGAGAUGGAUAAGACUAUCUUCAGCUUGCCUCGGGACAAACGAGUCGCUGCACUCAAUGCACGCAAGGCUGAAAUUAUACGUCGUUUGAGUGCUGAUUUUGCCAAGCCGUGGUUUGGCUACAAUGCUGCCGGUGAUGCCGUCGAUCUAGAGGACAUGACAUAUACUGAAGUCAUUGCUCGUUUGAUCCGGCUAGUGUACGUUAGCCAUCAGCACCGCUGGAUUGACCCAUCCUACCGUCAGCUCGUUUUAGACUUUACCUACAGAACGCUAGAACGUGUCUCCAACGCCGAUUAUGCGACGGAUAAGCUUGACCUCAGUCAGCCGGAACAAUUCGUCGAGCAGGUGCAACAACUCUGCCCCGCUGCAACUACACGUCGUCUACACCCAGACGAUGUCCGCUUCUUUCUCACUAUCUGCAAGCAGCGUGGUCGAAAGCCCGUCAACUUCAUCCCAGCGUUGGAUGAAGACUUCGAAUACUGGUUCAAGAAAGAUUCCCUGUGGCAGUCAGAGGAUGUGGAUUCAAUCAUCGACCAGGACGCUGACCGAGUAUGUAUCCUACAAGGCCCGGUGGCCGUGCAAUAUUCGCGUCGGGCAGAUCAGUCAGCCAGGGAAAUCCUUGAUGAGAUCCACCAUGGGCUCGCAAACCAUUUUGAGGAGGGUCCGUCUCAGUCGGAUAGGCCUUCGUUAGCCAUAUCGGAAAUGGUCUCCGCUAGGGUCACAGUGACAGAAAGCAAUACCCAUCGUAUCAUCCGUCCUACAUCUGAAAGUUUGCCCUCUGUUGAAGACUGGCAAGCAUUCCUGGCUAGUCAAGUCACAGGUAGCGUCCGAAGCGCUAUUAUGGCUGAGGAAGUCCUACGAGGUUCUCAGAGACAAGCGAAUCCUUUGCGGCGAGUUCUGGAACCACGGACAGGGCAAUCAAUCCAGAUUCCUCUGGACGGUCGCGAUCUACGUCUGGUAGAGGAUGCGAAGAACCGUCCGUUGGUACACAUCAAGCCCAGUGGUGAUCAGGAGGUUGCCGUAGACUUCUAUUAUUAUGACUUCGUGGAGACCCCUGGCAACCUUCGAUUCACGUACAAGUUUGACUCAAAGAGCCUUUCCCUGGUAGAAAAUCUCGACGGGCGCGAUGACCGAGUUAAAUUGUUCUAUGCCCAUUUGUGGCUCGGUCGUGCCGAUCUCAGUUACCACCGGCUGAGUGAGGUCUUCGAGGGCGAGGAAAUCACCCUUUCUUCUGAUCUUCAUCGUCACCUUCACAACGCUCUCCGUCAUACAGUCCCAGAUGCCACUGCAUCCGCCACAACUAACACCUUACCCCUCGAGGCCGCGAUUAUUGCCGCUUGGAAACCCCUGAUGGAACCACUAUUUGUGGCGGAGCUCCAGGGCGACUUGCUCCGCCUAGUGCAUCUCUCCAAUAGCAUCCGGUACACCCCUGGCGCUGCUCCACUAGAAGUCAACGAUGUUGUCGCGACCAAAUCACAAGUGCGUGCAGUGACCAUCAAGGAGACCGGCAAGACGAUCAGUGUUGAAGCACAGAUCUUUCGGUCUAAGACGCUCGUGGCCACUGUGACUUCGGAGUUUUUUAUCAAGGGAUCUUUUUCCGACUACGAGACCACCUUCAGUCACCAAGAUGAGGCCGCGAUUGAACUAAAGGUACAGUCUGCCAUAGACGAAGCCCUUCUACGGGACCGUGAAUGGUUUCUCUUGGAUGACCCUACCCAGUCAUUGAUUGAUAAAACCCUCGUCUUCCGUCUACACACCGUGACCAGGUGGAAGGACCAAUCUACCUUCACCAGCCUGAAAACCACUGGCUCGAUCUACACCAAGCAUUGGAAUGGUACCGAGCAGAAAGUGGGAACCGUUGCAUCUGAGGUGGUUGAAUGUCAUGGCAAUCCUGUUAUCGACUUCCUGCAGCGCAAGGGCACUGUGGUGCAAGAAAAAGUGCCUUUAAAGCAUCCAGGCCUGAUAGAUAAUGGAUCGAGGACCAUCCGCUUACCGCUUGAUAAUGCCCUGUACAGCUCCGUAUCCAAGGACUACAAUCCCAUACACACCUCGUCCGUCUUUGCGCGUUUCGCAGACCUUCCCGGGACCAUCACCCAUGGCAUGUAUACCGCCGCUGUUUCCCGCGCCGUCACGGAAUGUCUGGCAGCGGACGGCGAAACGGGUCGGCUACGAAGCUUCUCGGCGUCUUUCGUUGGGAUGGUGUUACCAGGCGACCAACUGACGGUCCGUAUCCGACAUGAGGCUAUGUGUCACGGCCGCAUGGUGCUCUCCGUAGCGGCAUACCGGGAGGGUACCGAUGAGAAGGUGCUUCAGGGGGAGGCCGAAGUUGAGCAGCGCACUUCCGCGUACCUCUUUACCGGUCAGGGAAGCCAGGCACAGAACAUGGGAAUGCAGUUGUAUGACUCAAGCGCAGUGGCCCGAUCGGUGUGGGAUGAGGUUGACCGCCGUCUGCUGGAUCAAUACGGCUGGUCAAUUUUGAACGUUGUCCGCGCAAACCCCAAACAGAUCACUAUCCACUUCCGUGGGGCUCGUGGCAGACGCAUCCGCGACAACUAUCUAGCGAUGAGGACCGAAACCCGAAUGCCAGACGGCUCCACUCGGCUCGAACCUAUCCUUCGCGAUCUAACGGCCAAAUCAGAGUCAUAUACCUUCUUCGACUCCCGAGGCCUGCUGUAUGCCACGCAAUUUGCUCAGCCCGCUAUUCUGCUAAUGGAAAAGGCGGCAUUCGAGGAUAUGAAGGCAAAUGGCCUCAUCCAGGAGGGCGCUGCCUUCGCAGGACACUCUCUGGGUGAGUACGGAGUCCUAGCCUCAUUGGUUGACUUCUUGCCCUUUGAAAUGAUGAUGAGUGUCGUUUUCUAUCGUGGGUUAGUCAUGCAGUUCACCAUGGAGCGCGACUCCAACGGACACACGGGUUUCUCUAUGGUGGCAGUCAGUCCGAAGAGGGUGGGCAAAUAUUUCGAUGAAGCCAUGUUACGCAUCGUUGUGGAUUUGAUUCACCGACAGAGUGGCAAACUGUUGGAAAUCGUCAAUUUCAAUGUGGAAGCCGAGCAAUAUGUUUGUGCCGGACACGUCCGCAAUAUUUACAUUUUGAGCGGCAUCCUCGACCUUCUGUCUCGAUCCGCCACUGGUCCCCAGCUCGUAGCCUCACUCCGCAGCGCUUCUGAUCCGGCCAUCACUGACGUAGCCAAAGAAAUUGCUGUCUAUCUCGAAAAGGCACCCCAGCUGAACAAUCCCACUGAAUUGAAACGAGGCCGAGCAACCAUCCCGUUGCAAGGCAUCGACGUUCCCUUCCAUUCGUCCCACCUGCGCUCCGGGGUGUCCGUCUACCGACGAUUCUUAGAGGAGCGGAUCCAAGCAGAGAAUGUACAGGUGGACCGUCUAGUGGGCAAAUUCAUCCCCAAUGUCAUGGGGAAGCCGUUCGCGAUUGAUCGGUCAUAUCUAGAAGAGGCCGCAGCAGUCACAGGGAGUUCUGUGUUGAGGGAGCUGGCGCUAGCCGCUUGA